AUGAUCUCGCUCUUACGAACAAAGCUACCGGCAAUUCUUCCCAAACCGCCGUCGUCAUUUCCGACAACCAUGAGCGCGUCUGGAUCGAGCCGGCUGCUGGCCCUAGCCCAACAGUUCCGCCUCUACGAGCCGCCAGCUGCAUUGUCCGAUGAAAUUGAGGAGCAGGCCAUGGAGGAAACUGUCGGCAAGGUGAUUACGCAGGUGGGUUUUCAAGAAUCGGCUACCCCGAUUGCGAAUCAAUCCGAUAGAUUCAGACCCAAAAGAGCGGCGGUUCUGGUCUGUAUCUUCGAAGGCGAUUGCGGCGAGUUUCGUGUCAUCUUGACCAAGCGAUCCUCCAGAUUGUCCACUCAUUCUGGUGAAGUUUCAUUGCCUGGAAAGCUAACAUCUAGGAAGUGGAUCUCAGAUUAG